AUGCCGCGAGCCGAAGAGAGCGCGCCGAAGACCGCUCGGCGGCGCGACUUGGUCGUGAAAUUCCUCAUUAUGGCGGCUCUCUUCGCGGUCUCUGCUUCAGCCGUCGUCACAUUCUACUUUCAGUUGCCAGGCUUGUCUGCGAGCUCGCGGGAAGAACUUCUUCGCUUUCUGCCCUCCUCGCUGAGUGAGGGAAGCAAGCUGCGGCGCAUCGAGAACGUUCGCGGCAUUUUUCACGUCUUCGCCCAGUACAAAGAGGAGCACCCCGCGGCCACUCUGCUCUUCCUGUCCUCGUGCUACCUCCUGUACCAGGCCUUCCCACUCUUCAUGAUCACCUUCACCGGAACUUCCACGCUGGUGACGAUCCUCCUCGGCGCGAUGUUUUCCCCCCUGGUGGCUUUCUGCACGGCGAACGUGUUGGCUGCCAUCGGCCCCUCUGUGGCGUUCUUCAUGUUCCGUUGGGUCGGAAAACCCAUCGUGCUUUUCCUCGUUCCCGAGAAGCUCAGGAAACUACAGAAAGUUUUGCAUCCCUCUGCACACGCGCGGAGCCCCUCAGCGGGUUUGCGAGACGGGACGACCGGACAACACCGCACUGGACCAGGACAACGCCGGCGUUUCGACGUGGAUCUCUUCCUGACGGUGCUCUUCUUGCGCGUUUCUCCGGUCUUCCCAAAUCUCUUUAUCAACGCAGCAGCACCGCUGCUCGAGGUUCCGUUUGACGUCUUUUUCACGGCUACCCUCUUCGGUCUGAUGCCGAAUACGAUUCUCUUUGUAUCGAUGGGGAGCGCUUUGACUUCACUCGACUCUCUGAACAGCAGUAAGGAGUUCCUUGGUUUCUAA